CUGACGUAUGAGUUGCACACGGGAGCGGAGACGCGCAGCGAGUCCAGUUCAAUAACGGGUUUCUCUCGACAGUGACGUGGACCUGUACAGCGCCACACAGCACACAGAUGAGACACAGAGGAGACACAGGUGAGACACAGGUGAGACACAGAUGAGGCUGGCAAUUAGUGACCAGUCCGAUCAACGCCCUUCUCACUGUGACACGUGACCUACUGACAUGGCACAUCAUAGGUCAGGAUCUGCCCCUAUGGUGGUGUAUACUCGCACUCGAUCUGCCCCUAUGGUGGUGUAUACUCGCACUCAAUCAAUGUCUCCACCGAGGUUGCCAGAACAACGAGCUCAGUCGAUGUCCCCACCGAGAAUGUCAGAGCAACGAGCUCAAUCACAGUCCCCACCGAGAAUGGGUUCCCUUCGAAAACAGUCCAAGUCUCCACCCAGAGUGAGAGAACAGCGAACUGGAUCUGCCCCUAUGGUGGUGUAUACUCGCACUCAAUCAAUGUCUCCACCGAGGUUGCCAGAACAACGAGCUCAGUCGAUGUCCCCACCGAGAAUGUCAGAGCAACGAGCUCAAUCACAGUCCCCACCGAGAAUGGGUUCCCUUCGAAAACAGUCCAAGUCUCCACCCAGAGUGAGAGAACAGCGAACUGAAUCCAAGUCCCCGCCGAGACUUGCCGAAGAAGACGGGGCUCAGUCAACGUCUCCACCGAGGUCCAGAUCUAGAGGUCACCAUCGUCCAAGAGACUCGAGUGACCCACAGUCUGCAGGAAGUGAGAAAACACAAAACUCAGGGAGGACACGGGGGAAACACAGACGAGCGACACCCACUCCAUCACAACGACCCGAACCAGCUGAUUCUGACCUCCACGCUGCCUGCUGGACGGGGAACAUGGCGGCGGUGAAGCGCAUGCUGUCCCAGGGUCAGUCGGACAUCGGCGGUAGGGGGGGACUGUUGAGGAUGACACCGGUGAUGACCGCAGCGUAUGAGGGACAAGUAGAUGUGGUGAAGAUCAUGGUGAGUGAAGGGGCUGAUGUGUCACUGGUGGACGAGUACGGUGACAACAUCCUUCACUUCGCCUGUGUUGGAGGAGAUGUGGAGACGGUGAAGUUUAUGCUGUCUCUGCACGUGGUGGACAACAACAGUAGAGGAGGGGGGAGCCUGACACCGGUGAUGAAGGCAGCAUGGAAUGGACAGAGAGACGUGGUGGAGCUCCUGGUGAGUGAAGGGGCUGAUGUGUCACUGGUGGACGAGGUCGGUGACAACAUCCUUCACUGGGCCUGUAUAGGUGGAGAUGUGGAGACGGUGAAGUUUAUGCUGUCUCUGAACGUGGCGGACAUCAACAGUAGAGGACGGUGGAGCAGGACACCGGUGAUGGAGGCGGCAUGGAAUGGACAGAGAGACGUGGUGGAGCUCCUGGUGAGUGAAGGGGCUGAUGUGUCACUGGUGGACGAGGUCGGUAACAAUAUCCUUUACUACGCCUGUCUUGGAGGACAUGUGGAGACGGUGAAGUUUGUGCUGUCUCUGAACGUGGUGGACAUCGACGCCAGGAACAACGCCGGUCAGACAGCGGCCGACGUGGCGAGACGUGCGGGACAUGAGGAAGUUGUGAAACUUUUGUAGCCGCCAUGGUGUCACGUGAUGUAAAUAGGAGAAAAUGUUGGAUCGUGGCGGUCACCUGGGCCCACUUGCACAAAGCAAUCUUAGCGUUAAGGUGAUCUUAACUCCCAUACUUUAACAUAGGCUUACAAUAGGCUUAGCGCUAAGAUCGCUUUGUGCAAGUGGGCCCUGAAGUGAGUGUGGUGUUUGUGUAGACAGUGAAGGAGGACAUGUUACACACAGUGACGUGGUGUGCGUUCACGUCGUCGUGUUUUAUAUUUCAGGAUUAGGUGAGAAUGUUUGUUGUGUUUGAUGAUAAAUAAACUUGUUGAAAACA